GCCGCCACUUUCUCCUUCUCCUCCUCCUUCCUCCUCUCUCUGCUGCUGUCCACACUGCAAGUAACAGAGAGAGAUAGGAGAGAGAGAGAGCUGUACUGAUUUCCGAGUUCCAAAAUCUCUCUCUCUCUCUCUCUCUCUCUCUCUCUCUCUCUUCACAGAGUCAUGUCGGCCAAAUGGAGAGCCAUACAACACCGCCACCGUUACACCUACAACGCCGUCGUCUUCCCGGACUCCUACGCCGACUCCUUCUCCACCAUUUCCUCCCGAAACAAGUUCUUCUCCCAACUCAAACUCUUCACCUCUCUCACCUCCCUCCACGCCCAACUCAACCACGCCAAAUCCCUCGCCUGCUCCUUCUCCGACCUCCUCCUCACCGCCGACGAGCCUCUCGCCUCCCUCGCCGCCAAGCUUUACUUGCGGAUUCUCUUCCUCGACAACUCCCUCCCUCUCCACCGAACUCUCGUCUCCGACCUCGCCAAAGCCCGCGCUUUUCGCUCUGUCAUCAGCGCCUGCUUUCGCGAUCUCUGCGCCGAGUAUGGCGGAGGCGGCGCCGGUGACGGUGGGGGGAAGCGAUUUCGCGUCUCGAGAACGGCGCUUUCGGUGAUGGGCAUGCCGAAAGUAGGGUACUUGGUUGAUGUUGUUGAGGAAUGCGCGGUUUUGGUGGCUUGGGAUGUCGUCGGGAGUUUAAACGGCGUCGUUUCGGAGACCGAAAGGUGGGCCCGGCCUUCGCCGAUUGUUAUGGAGCAAUGUCAGGAGGCUUUGUCUUGCUUGUAUUACUUGCUUCAGCGUUUUCCUUCCAAGUUUAAGGAUCAGGAUUCGGAAUCGAAUGUUUUGGGAAGGAGUUUGAGUGUCGUUUUGAGCAUUUUGACGUCGUUGUCGUUUUCAAGGGACUGUUAUGUGGCUGCUGGGGUGAGCUUCUGUGCUGCUCUGCAAGUUUGUCUGAGUCCUGAAGAUCUUGGCUUGGUUAUAAUUCAAGGUAUAUUUUACCAAACUGUUUUUUGUAAUUCCGAGAAUGAUUUUGAGAAUGCAGUUUUGAAAGUCCCUUAUGAUGGAGAUUUGUGUUCUGAGAUACGUAGUUUUUCUUCGUUGAGUAGACUUUGCGUGAUAAGAGGGAUUCUAACGGCGGUUCCGAGAGCAGUGCUGAACACUUGUUUUACUGUUUCUGGAGAUAGUUCAAGGACUAUACUUUAUGAUGGGGUUUUGCCUGAGUUGUGCAAUUAUUGUGAGAAUCCUACGGAUAGCCAUUUUAACUUCCAUGCACUCACUGUGUUGCAGAUAUGUUUGCAACAGAUCAAGACCUCCAUGUUAGCUAAUCUCACCAUCCAAUCCGAUAACUAUGACCCGAUUCCGGAAGAAAUGGGAACCCGGGUAUUGAGAAUUAUAUGGAACAAUUUAGAGGAUCCUUUGAGUCAAACAGUUAAGCAAGUUCAUCUCGUUUUUAAUCUGUUCUUGGACAUUCAGUCAUCUCUUCAUUGGUCGGAAGGUAGUGAGAGAAUAAAGUCAUUCUUGCAAAAGAUUGCUUCUGAUCUUCUUCGCUUGGGGCCACGUUGUAAGGGAAGAUAUGUUCCUUUGGCUUCGCUCACCAAGAGGCUGGGGGUGAGGACUAUGUUGGAUAUGAGUCCUCACUUGCUUUCAGAGACAGUUCAUGCAUAUAUGGACGAUGAUGUGUGUUGUGCAGCCACGUCGUUUUUGAAGUGUUUCCUAGAGUACUUGCGUGACGAGUGUUGGGCUAGUGAGGGAAUUGAAGGUGGCUAUGCACUUUUCAGAGGGCAUUGUUUGUCCCCUGUUCUAUGUGGACUUGCUUCUGGAGUUUCAAAACUACGCUCAAAUUUGAAUACUUAUGCCUUGCCGGUUUUACUUGAAAUUGAUGUUGAUAGUAUAUUUUCUAUGCUUGCUUUUAUCUCCAUUGUCCCUACUGGAGAUGGAAAUAGGCUGUUAUAUCCUGAGCUCGGUGGUACAAACAUGGAACUCCGAGUUCAACAGAAAGUGGCCAUUUUAGUUUCAUUACUCAAGGUAUCUCGUUUACUUGCUUUAAUCGAAGGGGAUAUUGAUUGGUGCAAAGAUUCUUCAGUAAAUCAAAUAGAGUUGGGAUUAGAUACAAAAUGCAUUGGUCAAAAAGCUCUUGUUUGCGUCAAGGGGAUAGAGGUUGAAGUCCUUGUUGAGUGGUUGGUGUUGGCACUGACCCAUGUUGAUGAGUCGCUCCGUGUUGAUGCUGCAGAGUCGCUUUUCAUAAAUCCUAAGACGUCUAGUAUGCUUUCCCAUUUGGAGCUCACUUUGUUGAAGGAGGCAGUGCCAUUAAACAUGAGGUCCAGCUCAACAGCUUUUCAAAUGAAGUGGGCGAGCUUGUUUAGAAAGUUCUUUGCUCGGGUUCGAACUGCAUUGGAGAGACAAUUUAAGCAGGGUAACUGGCAACCUCAUGAUCAUUGCAGCAAUAAUGAAAAGCAGCUCAUAAAUGGAAGCGAGGAGACUGAAGCUAACAGAGCAAAUAAUCUUUUUUGUUUCAUGAGGUGGUUGAGUUGCUUCCUAUUUUUCUCUUGCUAUCCAUCGGCUCCUUACAAGAGAAAAAUAAUGGCUAUGGAUCUCAUCCUCGUAAUGCUUAAUGUUUGGUCUAUCUUGCCUUCCGCAACUCAAGAAAAAUGUGACUCCUUUUCUUCUGAAAGGGGGCUUAAUCCUUAUAAUGAAGGAAUUAUAUUACCAGAUUCAACUUUGUUGUUAGUUGGCUCAGUUAUAGAUAGUUGGGAUAGGCUGAGGGAGAGCUCUUUCCGUAUACUAUUGCAUUAUCCCACACCACUGCCCGGAAUUUCAGAUGGAAACAUGGUUCAGAACAUGAUUACAUGGGCUAAGAAAUUAGUCUGCAGUCCACGUGUGAGAGAAAGUGAGGCUGGAGCUUUGAUUUUUCGGCUUAUUUUCAGGAAGUACGUUUUGAAUCUAGGUUGGAUAGUGAACACUUCAGUGAAUGUCGCUUGUUCACAGCCUAAACUAGAACUGGCAAAUAGGCCUUAUCAGGUUCUCAACUCUACACAUCCUGUGAUAGAGUAUAUAAAGUCACUAAUUGAUUGGUUGGAUGCUGCUGUAAAGGAGGGAGAGAUGGAUCUUUCUGAGGCAUGCAAAAAUAGCUUUGUUCAUGGUGUAUUGCUGACACUACGGUACACUUUUGAGGAAUUAGACUUUAACUUGGAUGCAGUGUUGUCGAGUAUCUCAGCAAUGAGACAUUUAUUGGCAAAGCUCUUAGAGCUUGUGCUGCGAAUUACUUCGCUGGCACUUUGGGUGGUUUCUGCAGAUGCUUGGUAUCUGCCCGAGGAUAUGGAUGAGAUGGUUGGUGACGAUAGUUUCUUGGCGGAGGUUCCAGAUGAGGUGGAUUUGCACACACCUUCGGACAAAGAUGAAGAAAAAGUUUCAAAACUAGUGCAAAAUAGCAGGUCUUCAGACCAGGUUGUGAUGGUUGGUUGCUGGCUUGCGAUGAAAGAGGUUAGUCUUCUUCUUGGGACCAUCACAAGAAAGGUCCCUUUGCCAUAUGAUGCAGAAUCAUUAGACACAGAAGGCAGCUCUUCCAGUGAUGUUGAAUUAUCAGUUAGGACAUCUGCUGCAAUGCUUGAGGUGAAACAACUCGAAACAAUUGGGAAUCACUUUUUGGAAGUCCUUUUAAAGAUGAAGCAUAAUGGUGCAAUUGACAAGACAAGGGCCGGAUUUACAGCUCUUUGUAAUCGUCUACUGUGUUCAAAUGAUCCGCGACUUUGUCAGUUGACAGAAUCAUGGAUGGAGCAACUAAUGGACAGAACUGUAGCAAAGGGUCAAACGGUGGAUAAUUUAUUAAGGAGGAGUGCAGGUAUUCCUGCUGCAUUUAUUGCUUUAUUUCUGUCAGAGCCAGAAGGCGCACCAAAGAAACUCCUCCCAUGGGCGUUACGGUGGCUGAUUGAUGUUGCUAAGCAGCCUUUGCUGGAUCAAGCUGAAAUCAACAGCUCAAACGAUGACUUGUGCAUGCUUUCUUCAAUGCAAACAAACCAAGAUUUUAAGUGCAAAAGGUCACCUGAUAUGAAUAUCAGUGACAUGGUCUCUAAGAUCCGUGAUGAGGGUGUCAUUCCUACUGUUCAUGCAUUCAAUGUCCUCAGAGCAGCUUUCAAUGACACCAACCUAGCUACAGAUACAUCAGGUUUUGCUGCUGAGUCUUUGAUUCUUUCUAUUCGCUCGUUCUCUUCUCCAUACUGGGAGGUAAGGAACAGUGCUUGUCUGGCAUACACUGCCUUGGUACGUCGAAUGAUUGGAUUUCUCAAUGUUCAUAAACGAGAUUCUUCACGACGUGCACUAACUGGGCUUGAGUUUUUCCACAGGUAUCCCUCAUUGCAUCCAUUUCUGUUGAGUGAACUGAAAGUUGCAACUCAGCUGCUUGGAAAUGGGUCAUCUGGAGAUUCAAAGUCGAACAUGGCAAAUGUGGUGCACCCUAGCUUGUGCCCUAUGCUUAUUUUUUUAACCAGACUCAAGCCCUCAACAAUUGCAAGUGAAACUGGAGAUGAGCUAGAUCCCUUUUUGCUUAUGCCAUUAAUUAGGAGAUGCUCGACCCAAAGCAAUCUUAAAGUCCGUCUUCUUGCGUCUAGAGCUUUGACUGGUCUCGUUUCUAAUGAGAAAUUGCAGACUGUGCUCCUCAAUAUAGCCUCUGAGUUGCCUUCAGUGGAUAACCGGCUAACAAACCAAACAAAUGGAUCGCAGCAUGCUUCAUUCAAUUGGAUUCAUGGAAUACUAUUACAACUUGGUUCUCUUCUUGAUACAAAUUGUCGAAAUCUGGCUGAUUUCUCAAAGAAAGAUCAGAUCCUAUCUGACUUGAUUCAAGUUCUUUUCAGGUGUUCCUGGAUAGCAAGCCCUAGGUUGUGUUCUUGCCCAAUCCUUAAUGCCUCUUUCUUAAAGGUGCUUGAUCACAUGUUAAGUAUUUCUAGAACAUGCAAUACAAACAGAAGCUUUAAUGCUAUCCGAAAUCUACUUUUGGAGUUAUCCACAGAAUGCUUAGAUGUAGAAGCUUCUUAUGGGCUACCAUAUUAUGAUCCAACUACAGCAGAACUUCGUCAGCAAGCCGCGGUAUCUUACUUCAGUUGUGUGUUUCAAGUAUUUGAGGAAGGGACUGAAGACAUUUUACUGUUGCCGCAACUAUCUUCUCCACUGAAUUCAAGCUUCUCGAAUGUGCCUGAAAAAGAGAACACUUUUGCAGGACUUGAAGAAAGGUUUGUCCGCUCUCUGUCAGAUUCAGCAUACGAGGUUCGACUUGCAGCAUUGAAGUGGCUAUUUAAGUUUCUACAAUCAACAGAAUCUAAAGCUGAAUGUCAUGACCAGUACAGCAAUGAGAUCAUGAUUAUUCAGCACUGGGCCAGCACCAAUCUCCAGCCAACAUUCUUUAAGCUCCUAGACUCAGAAAAGAAUCACAGAUGUUCGUAUUAUAUUCUGAGGAUUCUUUUCACCUGGAACUCUCUGCAGUUUAGGAAGGCCGAGAAUAAAAGAUCAACUGAAGCAAUUUAUAUUGGUGGGAUGGAUUGUGAUUCUGUGUCUCUGAUUUGGGAUAAGUUCAUCUCCUUAUACAAGAUCGCAAGGCAUGCAAAAACACGUGAAACACUAGUAUGCUGUAUGGGCGUUUGUGUAAAGAGGAUUGCACGUUUAUUUGCAGGCUACAUUCUAAUUUAUGUAGAACAGAAGAAAUUGAUCGAACAUGUUGAGUCAGAACAAUUGGAAAAAUUGGCCCAAAUGUACAACAGAAUUUCAUAUUUCACCAACCUAAUUAAAAAGCACAGCGCUUCAUCUGAGCCAGUAAGCAUGCGCAAGGCAGCAGCAGAAUCUAUUGUAGCUUCUGGUUUGCUAGAGCAAGCUGCACUGGUUGGUUCUUCUAUAUCAGCUAGUGAAUUCCCACCCAAUAAUCCGCGCUCUGCUUUUGAACUGAAUGAAGGUGUCAAUAUGUAUGCUCGUCAAAUACUAGAUAUAUGGUUCACAUGCAUCAAGUUGCUGGAGGAUGAGGAUGACGGAAUUAGGCUAAGGCUUGCCAUAGAUGUUCAGGCGUGCUUCUCAUGCAAAUCAUCUGUUAGAAGCUCUCAAUCAGAAGUAGUUCCAACCCAAGUGGACAAAGUGAUAGGAUUGAGUUUUGAGCAUCUCUCUUCUAUCUUUGGUUAUUGGAUAGAGUACUUUGAUCGUCUUUUACAGUCGAUACUAAACGCAGCAGAAAACUACGAGGUAUCUAAUGGGGAUCUUGUUAGACGCGUCUUUGACAAGGAGAUCGAUAAUCAUCACGAAGAGAAGCUGUUGAUCAGUCAGAUUUGUUGUUCCCAUUUGGAGAAGCUACCAAUUUUUAAAUAUUGGGCAGUUGACUUGUUGGACAAACAGCAGUUUAGGAAAUAUCUACUUAACUGGAGAUGGCGAUUUUCCCAUGGGUUGAUGUCAUUUACGAAGGACCAUGGUGAGAAACAGGGUGAACUCAAUUGGUUUGGCGGUGUCGGCAACCACAAGGAUGCUUUUCUACCACUUUAUUCCAAUUUACUCGGCUUUUAUGUCCUAUCGAACUGCAUUUUCAACGGGAAAGUUGAGAAUGGCGCAGGUUUGCUAUCUCACGUGGUUGAACUAGGUGGAAAUCUGAAACCAUUUCUCGGGAACCCAUUGAUCUCUAAUCUCUAUUUGUUAGUAGUUAAAUCACAUGAGAAAGUCGUUGGAGAAACCAUUAAAGAUCUGAUCCCUGGAUCCAGAGAAGACAAUGCAAUAUGGGACGGCUUUGAUCCUUAUUUCCUUCUUAGAUAAGCUUCAAUCUGUAGGAUACCUGCAAUUAUUUAUACAUAUAUUCAAUUAUUCAUCGGACUUUCUCCUGAAUUUUAACUCAUGUACUAUGUAUACGAUUCGGCUGAACAUAUAGCAAAUCUAUAGUGGACUUCUCCUCAUGCUUAAUGCACGGGCUGAAGUUUUGUUGUUGGUAUUGCAUUUUGUUCAGCUUUUUCAAUCUCUAUUUAUUUCUGAA